ACAAAGCUCUCGAAUAAUACAUACACUCGACACGACGACCAAUAGUCUGCAGCGUAUAAAAUAUACAUACGCGUGCAAAAGUCAUCGAACUGCUUCUCUGCGUUAUAGAUAUAGUCCGUUGGACGUCGAUCAGUGAACUGCGAGAGCUUGAGAACGUCGCGUUCGUUGUUAGCUUUUUUUCCGAAAUUUUCGGCCCCUCGCUCGCUCCGCGCAGUAACAGUGUGCGUUGCUCAAUCGGUACACCAACAAAAGUCACUUCGUUAUUAUACCGUACACAUAUAAUACAUCAAAAAAGAAUCCAAAGUCGGAGUCGAAAAUUUCGCCGACUCUCGAGAGCGAGCUGUGUGCUGUGUGCUGCGGCGGCUACUGCUAAUGCUGCUGAUUGCUGCUGCUGCAAUAAGCUGCGAAUUCGAAAAUCGUGCCACAGAAGUCGCGAGUGUGACUGUGAACCACGCGCGCUACCUAACCUACAAAAAAAAGUUAUAACUCUGUAUCUCUCUCUGUACUUAUUGGUGAGUGUCUGCGAACUCUGGCUGCACACAUACAGAACGUCAACGUGUGAACUCUCUUGCCCUCUGUACUUGACUAGUUUUCGAAUUAUCGUGAUCGAAGAGAAGCAAAAUCAAAAAAGGAGCAAGUUGGUGAAACAAAGGCUAAUCGACGACGACAAGUAGUAGUGUUGUGUUGUUCUCAGGCCGCGAUCAUGUAUAUCAUCAUUGCAAGAACUCGUUGUUGAAACACACACACACACAUCCUAACGGUUUGUUCCGCAUUCUCCUCGUUACAUUACACCGUCGCGUGCACGUAUGUAAUGUUUAUACUAUAUAAAAUAAAUGCCGUCGAUUAUUAAAAGCGAUAGCAGUCGUCGACGUCGCCGUACGUCGAGCAUAAAGUCAUAAUAUCGUCUCUCUCUCCUUUGUGCGUCCACUCCAGAGCCGCAUAAUCGAGUGCGACAGAGAGAAAGAGCAAAGCCAGUCAGCCGUUGUCAACCGUAUAUAGAUAAUUAAAAUAUAUAUACACGAGACGACAGCCGAGCGACUUUAACAGCGCAGCGCGAAUUCUCCGGAAUCGUAACGUCGUCGCUCUCUCGCCCGAUUAUUAUAUAUCGCACGCAUCGUAUUCAGACAGAGACAGACUUGUGUAUAUCGAACUUGUGUAUAUUUAAUAUCCAACGCGAGGCCCCACGAGGCGAUUGGCGUUAAUUAGCCCGGCGAGAGACGGUCGCGCGGCGAGAUUAAUGCAUGCCACAAAGAAAACUUGAGUGAGGGGCAUCGAGUUGAAAGAAAUAAUAAGAAAAAACUCGAGUCGCGAGUGUUGCGGGUAAAAAAGUGCGUGCGACACUCGAUAUAUAUAAUAAUAUAAACGUAAAUGUAUGUGCCGCAUACACAUACGAGCCAAGCAGAAAAUAAUAUACUUCAAUGAGCACGAGAAGCGCCGACGAAGCUGAAGCAGAAGUAGUAGUGUACUCUGCCAACAUCAGUGGUAAAAACGCCUGCAGCAGUAAUAAUAUGCCCCCCACUUGCUAUUGUUACUGCGAGCCCGUUGCUGCUGCCGUUGCCGCUGCUGCUUCAACUGCUGCUGCUGCUGCUGCUGCUGCUGCUGUUACUGUUACUUUUGUUGGCCCAGUCAGCGAGAGCUCGAGAUCCUCAGCUGGUAUUCUUUGCCGAGAGGGAAAUAUACCUAUGAUCUUUGAGGACUUUCAUAGCUCAAUGCCCACGUGCCAUCAUCUGUAUGAUUAUGUCGUUACAAGACCUUAAUUGUUGGUAGUAAAAUUAAUGAAAAAUGAUAUAAAUCUUGUAGCCAAUUUUAUUUUUAAGCUCUUCAUUAGUUAGAUAUGUGCCCAAGAAUCAAGAGGUUCAUUCAACAAUAAAAGCUCGCAACUAACCUUUCAGAAUGUCUAAAAAUUUUCAACGAUAAAACACGUUGGAAGAAUAGUAUCAUAUGAAGCAUCAAUUUUUUCACAGGAAAAAAUGCGAAGUGCCGAGCAGCUACACACAAAAAUCUAGAGGGAUGAUGCACAAGGGGAAAAGUAUCAGAGUGACAACAGAACGAAGUUGGAUCGAGGCCACCUUCCACAAACGAGAAUGCACGAAAUUCAUCCCGAGUGCCCGAGACGAGCACCGGUUUGAAGAAGUUAGAGGCGAUAAGAAUGCUGAAUACGACGUGAUUACAACUUCAAGUUGCUGCUGCGGUCACUCGUAUACGCAUCAUUGCGGCACCGGAGCGGAUAUCCAGAGCUACGCCACCGGAGCCGCCGCCGAGGCCGAACGCGAGGAAUGGACGCCCGGCAAGAACACGAAACCCUUGCCGACCGAUGCCUACGGUACCAUCGAGUUCCAGGGACUGCCACAUCCAACCAAGGCUCAGUACGUGAGACUAGCGCACGACACGAAGCCCGAGCCCAUAGUACAGUUAUUGCGCCGCGAAUGGAACCUCGGCCUCCCUAAGCUUCUUAUUACCGUUCACGGUGGCCGUUCCAAUUUCGAGCUUCAGCCGACCUUGAAGAAGGUGCUUCGCAAGGGUCUCUUGAAAGCUGCCAAAACUACUGGCGCGUGGAUCUUCACCGGUGGUACCAAUACAGGAGUAACUAGGCAAGUGGGAGACGCUUUGUUAUUGGAGCGAGCACAAAGACAAGGUCGGGUUGUCAGUAUCGGCAUAGCACCAUGGGGAAUACUCGAAAAAAGCCACGAGCUCGUUGGCAAAGGACGAGAAAUGCCCUACGAGUCGUUCGCGUCGCCCUGGUCAAAAUUAGCCGUACUGAACAAUCGCCACUCUUAUUUUUUGCUCGUCGACAAUGGCACUGGGGGUCGUUACGGAGCCGAGAUCAUGCUUCGCAGAAAACUGGAGAAAUACAUAUCGAACCUGAAGCUCCAACCAUAUACCUUCAGCAGCAUACCGGUAGUGGCACUGGUGAUCGAGGGCGGCACCAACACCAUACGCUCGGUGCUGGAGUACGUGACGGACGAGCCGCCCGUGCCCGUGGUCGUGUGCGACGGAUCCGGUCGGGCCGCCGACAUCCUUGCAUUCAUGCAUAAAUACGCAGUUGAAAACGAGACGGACGGAGAGGGAGAUUCGGUUCUGGAUAACAUAAAAGACCACUUGUUGGAUACGAUCAAGCGGACCUUCGACGUCGGUCUGGAGCAAGCCAAUCAACUUUACUCGGAGCUGCUCCAGUGCAUCAGAAAAAGACAUCUCAUCACCGUAUUCAGGGUAGGACUGCAGGAUCAGCCGCAGGAGCUCGACCAAACUAUACUCACGGCCCUGUUCCGAUCUCAGCAGCUGUCGGCCGCGGAGCAGCUGUCGCUCGCUCUGAUCUGGAAUCGCGUGGACAUAGCCCGCAGCGAGAUCUUCGUCUACGGGCAGAAGUGGCCUCCCGGUGCCCUCGAGCACUCGAUGAUGGAGGCGCUGCAGCACGAUCGCAUCGACUUCGUCAAGCUGCUGCUGGAGAACGGCGUGUCGAUGAAGAAGUUCCUCACGAUGCCGAGGCUCGAGGAGCUCUACAACACGAAAGAGGGCCCGACCAACACGCUGGGCUACAUACUGCGCGACGUCAGGCCGCACAUACCGCGCGGCUACAUGUACACCCUGCACGACAUCGGCCUCGUCAUCAACAAGCUCAUGGGUGGCGCCUAUCGCUCCGAGUACACCAGCAAGAAGUUUCGCUUUCGCUACACGUCGGUGAUGAAGCGCUCCGGGGCUCUGAUGUCGCAUCACGCCCAUCGCAACAGCUGCGCCAUAGUCAACAAUCGCUCGUUCGCCAAUCCUGGCGGCCAGAAAUCCACCAUGAGUCUGCUGGCCGAGACGCUGCCCGCCACCCUCGAGACCGGCCUCUUCGAUUAUCCCUUCAACGAGCUGCUGAUCUGGGCCGUGCUGACCAAGCGACAGCAGAUGGCCCUGCUCAUGUGGCAGCACGGCGAGGAGGCGCUGGCCAAGGCCCUGGUGGCCUCGAAACUCUACAAGGCUAUGGCUCACGAGGCCGCCGAGGACGAUCUCGAGACCGAGGUCUACGAAGAGCUCAAGGGAUACGGAAGGGAGUUCGAGAAUAUCUCUCUGGAAUUGCUGGACUUUUGCUAUCGCCAGGACGACGAUCACACGCAGCAGCUGCUCACCUCGGAGCUGAAAAACUGGUCGGGACAGACGUGCCUCUCGCUGGCCGUCACGGCCAAUCAUCGAGCGCUGCUCGCCCACGCCUGCAGUCAAAUCAUCCUGGCCGACCUCUGGAUGGGAGGAUUACGUACUCGUAAAAGUACAAAUUUCAAGAUCAUGCUAGGUCUCAUCUGUCCAUUCUAUAUACCCAGGCUGGAAUUCAAAAGUCGAGAAGAAUUACAGCUCAUGCCGCAGACGGCCGAGGAGCACCUGAUCGCUCUCGAGGACGAGAACGAGGACAGCGAGUCCGAGACGUGCACGCCUCCCAGCCCCGACGUCGAGAAACGCCCGCCGCGCAGAAGCAUGAGCAUACGCUGCAAAACAAUCAGUCAGCAGGGUAGUAAUAAGCAAGCGUUGAUCGCCAAGGACCAAAGCACCGGAGCCGUGCCCAAGGAGACGAUCGUCCACGGUAACGGCAAGGUGCACACCGACGUCGACGAGGUCGGCUCGCAUCGAGCCUACGGCGUCACCACCGAUUAUCUGUACGACAACAAGUCCAGCAGACCGCUGAAGAACAAGAAGAAGCUGUACGAAUUUUACACCGCGCCCAUUACGAAAUUCUGGGCCAAUGCUACGGCAUACGUGAUAUUCCUCGUGCUGUUCUCGUACACGAUUCUCGUGCGUAUGCCCGACACGCCGUCCUGGCCCGAGUGCUUCGCCAUCGCCUACAUCCUCACCAUGGGCUGCGAGAAGAUGCGCGAGAUCGCGACGAGCGAGCCAGUGACGCUGUCGCACAAGUUCAGCGUCUGGACGUGGAACCUGUGGAAUCCCUGCGACGCCGGGGCCAUCAUAUUCUUCCUCAUCGGCCUGGUGCUGAGGCUGAGGCCGUCGAGCUUCGAGGAGGGUCGCACGAUCUACUGCGUCAGCUGCAUGUACUGGUACCUGAGAAUGCUCAACAUCCUCGGCGUCAACAAGUAUCUGGGUCCCCUCGUGACGAUGAUGGGCAAAAUGGUUAAGAACAUGAUCUACUUCGUCGUGCUGUUGCUCGUGGUCUUGAUGAGCUUCGGCGUUGCCCGCCAGGCCAUCUUGAAUCCUAAUGCGGAUCCUAAUAUGAGGAUAGUCAGAGACGUUUUCAUGGAGCCGUACUUCAUGUUGUACGGCGAGGUGUACGCCGAUCGCAUCGAUCCGGAAUGCGACAAGGAUCCGGCGAUGGCGCCCUGCCUGCCCGGCAGAUGGAUCACGCCGAUCGCCAUGUCGGUCUAUCUGCUCGUGGCCAACAUCCUGCUGAUCAAUCUGCUCAUAGCCGUGUUCAACAACAUCUUCAUCGAGGUGAACGCCGUGGCCCAUCAGGUCUGGAUGUUCCAGCGCUUUACCGUCGUCAUGGAGUACGAGCAGAAGCCCGUGCUCCCACCGCCGCUCAUCGUUGUUUCCCACUUGUACUUACUCGCGCGAUUUUUAUUCAGAUUGUGCACGCAAGGUCGACUACAGACGGGCGAGACUAGCGAUAACGGCUUGAAGCUCUUUCUCACGGCUGACGAUUUGGAACGUUUGUACGACUUUGAGGAGGAUUGCGUGGAGGGCUACUUCCGCGAGCAAGAGCAAAAACUCCAGGUAUCGAUGGAGGAGCGGGUCAAGGUCACGACCGAGCGAGUCGAAAACAUGCAUCAGAAAAUCGAGGACAUCGAUAAGAAGGGGAGCAACCUGACCACGUCGAUGCAGGGUGUCCAAUCGCGCGUAAGGAUACUGGAGGAGCUGAACGAGCAGACCCUGGCGACGCUGGGAGUGAUACAUCGAUUCAUGGCCACGCACAUGCCGCCCGCCGCCUCGGGUGGGGCCGGACACAGCGCGACGCCGGGCAUAAGCGAGCGCGCGGCCAGCACCGAGGGCCUCAUGCGCCACCUGGACGUGGUCUCGAGCGACUUCGUUCGACCGCGACGCGUCUCAGAGCGCUCCGAGGCCGGAUUGUCGGACGCCGAGUCGCACACUCAGCUCAGCUCGCUGCCGCUCAGGCGCAAGAAGCUGCUGCAACGAGCCAUGACCGACGCGGCUUAUCUCGCUGCCGGACUCAAAUCGCAGUCCUCGAUAACGGGCGAGCACGACGAGCCGUUCGUCGUACCCUCCAGGCAGGUCCACGUCGUGGAUGCUCUCGACGAGUCCGGCGAGAACGUCAGCGUCAACGAGUCAUCGGUUAGUGCAGGCGAUGUCGCCGCUCUCAGAGAUGAGAGUAAAGACACGACAAUGAGUCACGACGACAGCGAGACAGGAAAGGUAAAUGUUGAGAUGAAAGAAUUGAGAAACGAGCCGUCUGAAGAUCAAGCGACCUCCGGUGAAGCCACGACCACGGAAUCUCACCAGGAUUCAACGGAAUUGCCCAGCCGCCAGAACAGUAACAGUCGAACGCGUUCGGAGUCGAUGAAUGAAAAAACGAGCAUUGGAGCGGCGGCCGCAGCAGCCACAGCCACGGCAGCGGCAGCGGCUGUCGUGCCAUCGGCCAGUUUUCAGCGCGGAGUAACUUGGGCCGAGCCGCGCGUGGCCCUGCUUCAGUCCUCGAGCUCGAGUACCUCGCGCUCCUUGCUCAUGUCGAUGCGCGCUGAGUACACCAGCAUAACCGACGAGCUUGAGAGCUUCUGCGGCUUGUUGAGUCCGCCGAGAUCGCCGCCUACCUCGCCACCUCCCAUACGCGUCAGAACCAUGUCGGAGAGGAGCCAGAGCCAGAACAUCGUCGAGACGGCCUGGCAGGUUGAGAACAAACAUCUGCGCAACGCCGAGGAGUGUGAUUAUCAACAAAUGGAAGAUUUGAUACAGAGAAGAUACGUGGACGACGACGAAAGCAACAAACUCGAUGAGGCUGCGGGAGGUUCAACGACGUUUUACGUCAAUUCCGAGACGUCGCAUCCUCGGUUACUUCGUGGCGCGGCCAUCGAUUCCGAUGACACCCUUUCCGGGCCAAGACGUCGCGGACUUCGCAUGCCACCGAGCAUCAACGUUACCAGAGAGAUCGAGCAUACGCUCGCUCAACCGGCCGCCACCAGAGGCUCCAACGAGUCCGAUCCGAACGACAAAGACGUCGCGGCACCCGCCAGCGAGACCAUGUGCUGAGAGCCGUUCGAUACUAUACUUUCAGUCAUGAAGUACAUUUAAUCGAUUACCUCUCCCCCACAAUACAUACGUAGAGAAUACAUACGGAUGGAAUUUCAUUGUCACCACUAGUGUAGCUUAUAGUUUUAAGUAAACGAUUUGUAGACAAUAGAUUGCGCAAUUGCAUCAGUCAUCGAAAAUGACCAUAUUAUAUGAUCGUUAAAGUGAAAAGCUCUGCCGUUCUUUGUGUCUUAUGGUUAGUAUACAUAUAGUUGUAAAAAUGAUGAUAAUAUCAAAAACCACAAGCUGUUAUGACACGUGCGGUUAAACAAUCAACAAUGCAUCUUGUUGUACUUGUGUGUAUGUGUAUGAGUUACCAUUUGUGUACCAUUAAUGUACUGAGUAGGAUUUUAAUUAUGCAAUUUUUACCCUCUUCUAGGAGAUAAUCAAUUUUUCAUAGUGCAACAAUUUUACAGAAAAUCGCGCAAUUAUUUUAGUCGGCUAACGGAAGCGUAUCGUUACGGCUCUUCGUUAUUCAAUAAUCAUGAUUACAAGAUUUUUUGCGCAACGAUUUCAAUGCAAUUUUUGUAAAAGAAAUUGAACCCUCUGUAACUUAUUUAAGCGCUUCCAAAGUAACCUAGUACGUUGUAAAAAAAUAUACAUAUGAAAUUGUAUAUAUAAUAUCUAUGUAGCGAUAUAUUUUUGAACAUCGGAUGUUCUUGAAAUUUGGUUUUAAAUGCACAAUUCCUUUUUUAUAAUUUUAAUAUCAUUUUAAAUUAUAAUUAUUUUCUAUCUAAAACUAAGCUUGAUUUUGAGUUAAAAAACGAGUUUUAGAUUGAAAAAUGCACUUUUUUUAAAAAAUAAUUUUUAUAAAUUUGAUAAUUAUAUUCAUAUAUCUUUAUACUAUAUAAUCAUUAUACUGUGUUGUAACCAUAUUAUUUUAUAAGUAAAUUGUUAUGUUAAUUGAAGUUUUGCCGACGAAUUUACGUAUAAUUGGUUCUAAUGUGUAAGUCUCAAAGAAUUGUAAAUAAAAAUGCUGAUUAUACGAAUUGCCGACAAAAUGAAAAUGUUCAAGCAGGUCUUUAACAUUCUUCCUUCAUCAAAGCAUGCAUAAGGGUACAGUAAUACGAUAUUUUAAUAAACGAUUUACCACUACAAACUAUGUGACAUAAAUUUGAGAUUGAUCACAAAAAUUAUGUCAGAUUAUGAAAUGAAAAGAUAAAUAGUAAAAAAAGUUGAUAUUUAUCUAAUACGAAAUAUCCCGAAAUAAUAUUUUAGAAAAUUUUAAUAUUAGAUAGAAACUUCUUCGUAACUGGUUUAUUCCUCUCGAGUAUUUUUUUACUCUUGAUUCUAAUAAUUCAUGAAGAUGAGUUUUCUGAUCAUCGUGACUCUUCCUAAAAAGGCCUAAUAUAUUUCAAACAAAAUUAUUAUUAUACAUACUUACAAAUAUCGUAUCUCAUCCCAAAAAAUUAUGAAUCUGUAGAUUUAUCCCUUUUCUGAAGUUAAGAUUAUUAAAAUUUAUACUAUUUCUAUAAUCAUGUGGCUGUUAUGAUAUCAAAAUAAUAACAAUUGAAGAUUUGUUUUUUUACGAUGAUUUUACCAUGUGAUUUUGAGUAUGAUUGUGCCAGUAUGUAAUGAAUAUUAAAAAAGUAUCUUAAUAGUUGUAAAAUUCAUCGAGCAAAGCUUCGACGAUUUUUGUUUUCAGCUCUAGGCGUUUACAGAAUCAAAGCAAUACGUUGAUUACGCGAUAGCUGUAUAGCCAACGACGUGUGAUUUAAUAAUCAAUCGGCUAGAGCAAUAUGAUACUUGCCAAGUAUGAAUUUUUUUAUACCAACGCGCUAAAGCAAUUCGCAUACUUUAGUUAUAGUGUUUUGUACUAAUUCUUCCACAUAUCGAUAAGUUAUUGCUUUUCAUAUGUAUAAUAGUAUAAGUGAAUUUACUAUGUGCUGAAAAGUUUGAAGAAUAAACCUGACUGGAACUCUGUUACUCUAUAAUAAUAUAAAAAAAAAUACAUGUGUACUUGAAAAAAUAUAUGUUAAUUCCCGAGACUGUCGGUAUUGUUUCAAGGUUUAUAACUCGCGAUAUUUACAAUGCUAUAUACACGCUAUAAAUUGUAUUUGUUUCAAAGAAACGCAUCGCCGAGUACGAACUAUUUCGAGGACUCUCAUAAAUUGAAGCAUAUCGAGAUAUUCCUACGAUUCAAAAAGUAUUUUUAACUUCAACGUUGUGCGCUGUCAAAAAAAUGUCUACAGACGCGUUGUUGAAAAUAAGAAAAAAAAUUGAAAAAUAAUAACUAUUUUAUGUCAUGUAUACACAAUGCGUAAUCGAUCUGAUUCGAAUGGUGUUAAAGGACGUGAUAAUGUAAAAUCCUUUAAUGUUUUAGCUCUCUGUAAGCUCCAGCAUUGUUGUUACAAAAUUACCCUUCACUAUUUCGACGAUAUAUCUAUCCAUCAUUUGUGUUGGUAAUCCAAGCGCUGCAUGUAUACCUAUAUAUGUGUACGUCCGUUUCCUUUCAGUGGUCGCAUUGUCCUUGAAUAGUUUAACAAUAUCGUAUAUUUGUAAGUUAAAUUGAUACGCAAUAAAUGUGUUCAUGUACAUUU